UAUUUAGCUAUCUAGCUUAAUUAUUUCUUUUCCAUUUCGAUCAACUCAUCUACUAAUUCCAAUAUAAUUUCGUUAAUUUUCAUAAAUAAUGUCUAGUAGAAGAACAUCAAGAUCCAGAAACUGUGGAACUUCAAGAAUAUCCGAUGAGCAAAUCAAUGAUCUGGUUUCCAAGCUCCAACAGCUUCUUCCUCGUGACCUUCCCACUAAUAGCUCCUCGGAUAAGGUAUCAACACAAAUGGUGUUGCAAGAGACAUGCAACUACAUAAGACGGUUGCACGCAGGGGUUGAUGACUUGAGCGAACGCUUAUCUGAGUUACUGGAUGCCACGGAUUCCACUCAAGCUGCUGCUCUUAUCAGAAGCUUAAUUGCACAUGUGAUAAAUAAUUAAUUAAUAGAAUUUGUUUAUUAUAGAAUCAAAAUAAAGACAAAGGUAAAAAAAGAACUUAGUAUCCUUUAUUCCUCAAAUAUGACAUAAUUAGUCCUAUUAAUUAUUUAGUCCUCAAAAUAUAUCCAAGUCUGAUCUGGUCUGGUCUGGUUUCUUUGUA